UGGGGGCGGAGGGUCAUUUCUACUGCUUUACCUUAAAGGAAGUCAAGUAAAAAAUACUUAAAUUGUCAUAAACCUAUAAAAAUCUAUUUGGUAAACCCAAAUCGUUCUGAAAUGGCGCAGUGAUAUAUUAUUGGUUGUAAAUAUUCGACAGGAGUAAGUUAACCGGAACCGUUGAUAUAUAAUCAAAAGAUGGUGAUUAAUAAAAUAAGUCAAAUAAAUCAGAAUAAAAUUUUAAUUCGGUGCCAAAAUGGCUGAUAUUAGUUGUUGGACUAAAUUGUUUUGAGUUCUUUUAUCUCAGGUGGGUUUAAUCUGUAAAUCCUCUUGGUGUGACGCAUCACCAGCGAGACUUUCAUAUUUUAUUAUCAUUAAUUAAAAAAAAAUAUAGACAGAACCCUAACACCAUGAGAAUAGCCUUAAGCAAAUCAGACAUCUCAAACUCACACCACUUAUUUAGAUAUUUUUCAAAUACAUAUAGCCUAUUUUAUAUAUUGAAGGAAAACAUAUUUCAGCCAAUUCACAAACUCUUUGCUUCAGCUGAAAUAUUAAACUCAUUAAGAAGAAUAUAAACAGAUAAAUGAAACACUUCCUCGUGAACCUCAUGUCUUGGAGUAAAUGCAUUCAUUUUUAUCAAUCACAGCCUCAUUUUUGAUUCAGCAGAUUCUGCCGCGUAAGUAAACGCUGGCUGACGGGCGCGCGGUUGUGCGCAUGUGCCGGCAGGCCUACUUAGCAGGCCUAUUGACAUUAAAGACAAGUGGGUUAUACAGAGCCUGGAAAUGGGGCCCGAUGAGGGGGGCAAGUCCGCCAGUGGUUCAUGGAGCCGAGAGCCAGCCCCACCACCUCUCUCUCUCUCCCUCUCCCUCCCUCUCUCUCUCUCUCUCAUGUAGCCAGGCGGACUCUACGGUCAGUCAGUCUCAGAGGGGUGACCCAGGAUCAGCCCAGCCUUCUCCCUCCUGGCUGACAGCUGACAGCUGACUGACGGAAAUGAGCCGUAGAGGAGAACAGGAGGACGAGCCGAAGUGUGUUUUCCUGUGAAAAGGGGAGGAAAGGGUCUGUGGUAUUGCUUCGCGGAGAGGAGAAGACGAAGAACAACGAUGUCCUAACUAGGGAAGCUGUUUCAGCAGCAGAGAGCGGCCUGCAGGCCCGGUGAGUGUUGCAGGACCGAGAGUGUGAGCGGGGGGGUGUUCCCUGCUGGGAAUAUUAUCCAGGAUGCAAACAUUUGCACGGAGGGGAUAUUAAACUUCACGUUCCCUCUGCAGCAUCUCUCGGGCCUCUUCGUGUGUGUGUGUGGGUGCGUGUGCGUGUGCGUGUGCGUGUGUGCGUGUGUGUGUGUUUGUUUUCGCGCCGGAGUGCGCGACAGUGAGCAGGACUAUGAGUCUGGUGUCAGGCUACCCUCACCACCCGAUCAUGCACCACCACGACAGCCACCACUAUUCGCUGCACGCGGCGGCGGCGGCCGGAAGGUGCCACGAGGACACCGGGGCGCCUCCGUACUUCACGAGCUGGCUGAUCAGCCACGCGGACAUGUCACCCACAGAGUACAGCCUCGCGCCGGGCUACAGCCCGGAGUACCACACCAACAGCGGGGGCGACUCCUCCGGCGGCCUGGACGCGCGCCACCACCACCACUACGGACCCGGGAACCAUCUGAUCCCUGGGCCCGGCAGCAUCUCUAUGAACGGAGCCACGGUCGGCAUGCACCACCACCACCACCACGCACACCCACGCACCAUAAAGCGGAGACCCACCGCAAAUCGCAAGGAGAGGCGACGGACCCAAAGCAUCAAUUCGGCCUUCGCGGAGCUCAGGGAGUGCAUUCCCAACGUCCCGGCCGACACCAAGCUGUCCAAGAUCAAGACUCUGCGGCUGGCCACCAGCUACAUCUCCUACCUGAUGGACAUCCUGGACAAGGACGGCCAGCACGGAGACACGCAGGCGUUUAAAGCCGAGCUGAAAAAGACGGAGGCACGGGAGGAACGCAGGAAAAGAGAGGCGGUGGAGAUCCCCAAAGCAGCCUCCUCGUCUUCGUCCUCCUCAUCGGUAGGAGAUAAGAAGAGCAAAGGUCGGACAGGAUGGCCUCAGCAUGUCUGGGCUCUGGAACUCAAACAGUAGUGACCCCUCCACUCCCACUCCCACUCCCACUCCUAAAUUUGACCCCAGGGUUUUUGAUGGACAGUGCAGCCGCCGUGCCUCUGCACACUCAGGCUCCCCACAGCGGCGGGGCUGGAUGGACGCUGCAGACGGUCGUCCUGCUGCUCGGCCACGGUCUCAGUUGGACCCCGGGAAGUAGAAGAAGUGACGUGUCCCCAGGAAGGAGCCUGGGUGUGGGCUGAAGUCCAUCUAGACAGGCACAGACGGAGUUAUGUCCCCUGGCACCUUUCUGAACAAACCGAACCAUCCCCACCCCAAACACACACACAUACACACCCCUUCACAUGCAUUUGUUUACCAAUGUGUCUGCGUAGUUGACCACACAAAUGGGGAAUUGUGUGUUUUAUUUAACGGAAUAUAUUUAUGUUUAAUGUGGCCAUUAAACGGGUCUCUGCAGGAACUCUCACUCAGAUGUAUGUGAACACAUCUCUCUCUCUCUCCUAUUGCAGUUUUAGGUUGUAAACGUAGUGCCGUCACGCCACUGACAAAGUGUCUGUGUUUUUAUGUGAAAACGUGCUGGGAGUCUAAAUAAUGCUUGUUGUGGGAUGUAAACAAUGUCGUGAAAAGAAUAAAAGCACCACUUGGUGAAAUGGUGGCUGAUUCAAACUGAGCUCAUCUCUGCCUCUCACUCAGCAGUAUCAGCGGUUUCUUAUGAUCACUCUGCAUCAUCUUGGUUUUAAUCUUUGCCACUUUUGAAAUAGUAUUUUAUGUAGAUUGAAUAAAAUGAUGUAAAAUAAUCACUAACAGACAGCAGAUGUGCUCAAAUGUGCUAUUGUUGAACACCAAAGUUGUUGAAUUUCCUUUUUGUUUGGUGAAGGUCUAGUUCAGCCUCCUGAUGUGCAUCAGUUUUGUAGGAUUGAAGUAUUUGUAACAGAUCAGCUUUAACUUAAUGAGAAAUACCCGAGGCACACAUUAACAGAGGGAUUUUUGAAGGUGUUAUUUGUCCCAAGACUCUGUGUCAUUGUGAGUUACAGCUGAGUGUGUUGUCUGUUAGAGCACAGAUGUUCAUUGUGUGUCCUAAAAGAAAACAAAAUGAACUUAAUAAUUUCCCUGCGGCUAAAUGCUGAAUGUCAAAGUGACACAGGUUUAACCAUCACAUUCCCAAAUGUCAGAGUGAGUGAAUAACUGGACUAAUUGCAAACUUGUUUGAAAAAAAAAAGUUUAAAAAUCUGCAAAUUUUGUUCAAUUUUACCUGAGCUUGUUUACCUAAAAUCUGUUGGUUUUGUGCAAUUAUUUAGAUUCCAAAUUCAUCUUAGCGAAAUAAGGAUAAAAGUGUGAAAAAUACAUAAAAUGUAUCCUGUUGCAGAGGAAAGCAAAAAUGAAAAGCAUUUUUAAAAAAUUUAAAAAACAACCGAUUUUUGGGGGGAAUGUAAAGCCUAUCAAAAUGUCAACAACAGUUGUUUUCACUUAAUGUUUGAUUCAUUGAGGCAGAAGUUUGGGUUUUCAUAUGCCAUGUGUGAAUGAAGCAGACAUGUGGUUACAGCAAAGUGGAAUAGAAAAAAAAAGAAACCCACUCUGAUUAAAACUACUUUCAAGAAUGCAGUGAGACCACAGUCUUGCUGAUCCACAGUGCCGUCAUUAUUGACCUGGUUGUGUUUCACAUCUCUUGCUCUCACUCCAGAUGUUUAUGUGAAACCUGGAAUUAUAAUGAGUUUGGAGGUUACCUAGGGCAAAUAAUAAUAAUAAUAAUAAUAAUAAUAAAAAUAGCAUUUAAACCAAAUACAAAAUUUAAAGGUUGUUGAGAAGCUUAAGAAAAGAUUAAUCAGGCUAUGGAACCUAGGCUUCAUCAAAAAACGUGUUGCUCAUUAUUUGGGGCAUUAGGUUUUAUAAACAACAUCCUAGAAGGUAAUUAGCGGCAUAAUGAAGUUUAGUAGUUUUGUGUUUUUGUGUCUACAGAACACUGGAAAUCUUUAGAUAAUUUGAGACUUCCAUAAAUAUGGAUUUUGGUUAUUGUCAAUGAAUAAUUUAUUAUUUUGUAUUCACAACCUGUAUUUAUGCAUUUGAUUGCAUGAGCCGAAGGAGGGUUUGGAUACAUUUUUAAUCACUCAGUCACAUGACCAUGUGAAGACAUUUCCCUGAUUUCUACCUGAUUGGUGCCAAUACUGUAAAACAGACCUUUCCACACCAUUCCAUUAAUGUAAUAUAUAAAAUAAAAAUCUCUUGUUUGGAUGGGUUUGUAGUUUGGAAGAGUAGCCAUCUGGUAUUUAAGAUAUUGUUAAUUUGAUUCCAGUGUCACAUCAUUGUGCAAAACACUGAAUACUGACAAUAUGGAUGAGAGUUUGAGACUCCUGCUGGGUAAAUGCGACUUUCUGGUUUUGCAGCUUUGAAGCUCUAAAUGAGUUUGAUCUAUUUACAUUUUUUGUCAUAAUUUUGAUCGAUUCAUUCCUGAAAUCAAAAGAAGUUCUGUGUAACUUAGACUAUAUAAAUUAAAUGCAUCUGACAAUGAUAAACAACUUUGAUCAGAAAAAGAGAGAUGGAUUCAGUUGUCUACAACAAUUUUAAUCAAACAUAGCUGUCAGAACUUAAAGUUUAUCAGAACAUAGUGACCAAACAGUCUCAUAUUUUACUCAAUUAGCCAAGAUAAGUUAGCACUUUCUCAACUUGUACUGAAUCAAACCUGAAAGGGUUAGUUCUGAUAUUGUAGGAAGAUUUUAAAUGACUGUGGUCUAAGCUCAGUCGCACAUAUUCAUACACCAACCUACAGACUGCUAGGGGACUCGAGGUUAAUUAUCUUGCACAUAAGUGUCAUCAUCAUGAUACGGGAGUGUAAUAUGGAGUUCAACCCACAACUUGCCAAAAGCAACACAAGAAUUUCUUCACAUAGAACAUUUUCUCUAAGGUGAUGGAAGCCAACAGCUAAUCAGAUAUGCGAUAAUUAACAGUCUGCAAUUUGUUCUGUUUGGUUCUAGUUUGUUCAGCUUAACAGCAUCUGUUUCCAUGUGGAGUUAGCUGACUCCUGUUGUAUCCAUCCACCAGACCUCAUCAGAUUUAUACAGUUUAGGGAAGAACUGAGUACAAAUGGGAUUUUGCCUCAUUUUUUGCACCAAAGGAAAGUGUGUGUCUCUGUACUUUCUAGGUUUGGAAAUUAUCCUUUUCAGCUCAUGUUUAGCUGAUAUGCCAAAUCCGCCGAUGAGGCAGAAUGCUGCUGGUCAUGCAUCUCUUCAAGACCUUGGAGAGUUACAUCUGAUCAAACUGAGGUUAUUUGUUGUUUCAGCUUUUUGCUGUUUUCUGCUCAUGUGGGAUCAUUAAUAAAACUUUUUGUGGAUGCUGGAGUUAAUCAGUCAAAGCAAUCAGCUUCAUAUAAACAAAGGUGCAGUAAAUGCUUACCAAAAACUUAAA